AUGUCAAAGCAGCUUGUUAGGUCUGCGAAGAAUCUGGUGAAGGGUUACUCUUCUACCCAGGUGUUGGUGAGAAAUGCCACGUCCAACGACAAUAAUCAGGUGUCCAAAGACUCGUUGAUAGAACUGGCAGAAAAGUCGUAUGAUAGUGUAGAUUUUUUCGAGAUCAUGGAUAUGCUUGACAAGAGGCUGAACGAUAAGGGGAAGUACUGGAGACACAUCGCGAAAGCGCUGACUGUGUUGGACUACCUAAUUAGAUUUGGUAGCGAAAACUGUGUUCUUUGGUGUAGAGAGAACUUGUACAUCAUCAAGACGUUGAAGGAGUUCAGGCACGAUGACGAUGAAGGCGUAGAUCAGGGCCAAAUUGUCAGAGUUAAGGCUAAAGAAUUGACGUCAUUGUUGUCCGACGAAGAGAGGCUAAACGAAGAAAGGAACAUGAACAUCAAGGGCAGGAACAGGGGAGGAAGAAGGACAAGAGGAACCAACCGUGACGGCGAGGAUGAUGACGAUUUGCAGAGAGCCAUUGAUGCUAGCAGAAUGACUGCGGAUGAAGAUGAAAGAAGAAGAAAGCAGGACGAGGACUACGAAACCGCCUUGCAAUUGAGUAAAGAGGAAGAGGAGUUAAAGAGAUUACAGGACUUACAAAGAAUGCAAGCACAACAGCAACAGCAACAACCCAUGUACUACGAUAUCUUUGGCAAUCCAAUCACGCCCGAAGAGUAUGCACAGUUCCAACUAGAACAACAACAACAACAACUACUUCAACUACAACAACAACAACAACAACAACAACCAAUGUACUACGAUAUGUUCGGUAAUCCUAUAUCACCAGAAGAGCUAGCACAGUUUCAACAAGAACAGCAACAGCAACUAUACUUAACCUCCUUACAACAGCAACAAGCUACAUCCAACAACCCAUUUGCCAAGCCCAACCAAGAAGCAAGUCCACAGAGACAAGAUGUACCAUCAAUGAACGCGUCAUCUAUGCCGCAACAACAACAACAACAACAACAACAACAGGAGGAGCCAUUAACACAAACAAGGACAGGUAAUCAAUCGAUGACGGACAAAUACAGUAAAUUAAACGAACUAUUAGGCACAGGCACGGGCAUUGACACAUUUGGUAACUUCGGGGAUACCCGUGUUCCCGCUCAACAUACCAAGACGGGGACAUUCAUUAACUCCCAGGGUACAGGCUAUAGGCAAGUUUCCAAUGACCCAAAGCAUAAUCCAUUCCUAAACAGUCAAUAUACGGGUCUGCCAAGUACCAACGUUGUACCAACACAAACAGGCUACGGAUUUGGGAACCAACAACAGCAACAAUCUCAAACUAACAGCUCAAAUAGCCAAGGCUAUGCUUUAAUUGAUCUUUGA